AUGGCUCCUCAAGGUGGAUCGGGCGGCCAUUGGAGCGCUGCGAAUCCAAUCCCUACUAUCCAGAAAUUCGUCGAGAACCUCGAUCAAGAUAAAAGAGACCGUGACCAGCAAAUUGACGAUGAAAUCAAGCGCAGACAGCAGGAUGCCAACAAGAGCAAGCAGGCUGUCGACCGUGAAGUGGCCGAGCUUGCCAACAAGAAGGCCCGUCAGGUCACAGACCCGGUGACAGGACGAGAGGUCAGUAUCGCAGAUGUUGGCAAGGAAUACAUGGAAGACAUCGAAAGCCCAUCACUCACCGUUCCAAAUGCAAACCUCGAUAAGCCAACGACCGUCAAGACAGACCCAUCGCAAGAAUUUGCAGAGUACAAAAACAACCAGGACAUCACUGCUCCUCCAGAGCCCAUCGCACAGGGCACUACUUCCGAUGUGCCCAUCCAUGGAGAAAAAACAAACAUUCUUUUCCACCCAACCCCGUCAGUUAGCUAUCAGCCGAUGUUUAAGGAGCUGGAAAAGCGAGCAAAUGGCCUUGCGGCUGGAAUAGCCCUUGCGGUCAUUGUCCUGGGACGGGCCUUUGGCGGCUCCCUUUGGGGUCUUGUUCCCCUGUCUUUCUGCCUUGCGUCAGGCGUCUAUCUAUGGAUGAAAGAGGUUGUUCGAAGUGGCCGCGAGUAUGAAUGGCAUAGUGAAAAGCUUCGAGGUGAAACGGCAACUGCUAAUCUCCUUCCCGAGUCCGUGGAAUGGAUGAAUGCCCUCUUGGGUGUCACUUGGGGCCUCUUGAAUCCUGAAAUGUUCGCUGGUGUUGCUGACACAAUCGAGGAUAUCAUGCAAGCUUCUGUGCCGGGCGUCAUUGAGAACGUUCGCGUUUCCGAAAUCGACCAGGGCAACAACCCUAUCAGAAUUCUCAGCAUCCGGUCUCUUCCAGACGAUCAUGUUCAGGACAUGAAGGAGAACAUCCGGAAAGAAGACAAGAAAAACAAAGAUCCCCAGGAAGCUGCUGCCGACGAGGAAGGCGGAGAUUACUACAACCUCGAAGUCUCGUUCGCCUACCAUGCACAGCCGACAGGAGAGAGCGCUUCUGAAAAGGCCCGCAAUAUGCACAUGCAGUUGGUGUUUUAUCUAGGGAUGAAGGGCCUUUUUGGAGUUCCCUUCCCCAUCUUCACCGAGUUGAUUGAGUUGAUUGGGACCGUUCGGCUCCGCUUCCAGAUGACACCACAGCCCCCAUUUGCUAAAUCAGUGACUUUCACUUUCAUGGGUCUUCCUCAUGUGCGUGCUGGCUGUGUCCCACUUGUCAAGAAAGGCGUCAACAUCUUGAAUUUGCCGCUGAUUUCCAACUUUGUCAACUACGCUAUCGGAGCAGCUGCUAGUCUCUACGUGGCUCCCAAGUCGAUGUCUCUAGAUUUGAGCAUGAUGCUCAAGGGUGAUGACAUUCAAAAAGACACUUUGGCACUCGGAGUGUUCUGGAUCCGUAUUCACCGUGCUGUCGGUCUCAGCAAGCAGGACCGCAGAGGAAGCAAUGGUGGAGGCAGCGAUCCUUAUAUUAACCUCUCGUUCUCGAAAUACGGCAAACCCAUGUACUGUACCCGUGUCAUUACAGAUGACUUGAAUCCUAUAUGGGAAGAGACAGCCGCCUUGCUGGUGACUCCAGAGCUGAUCAAAGCUGAUGAACAGCUUAGUGUUGAAUUAUGGGAUUCAGAUCGCAACUCUGCCGAUGAUAUCGUGGGUAAGGUAGAACUCUCUAUCCAGGAAUUGAUUCAGCACCCGGGCAAAAUGUAUCAACAGGUAUCCAAACUAAAAGGGAUGGACGACGACAGUAGUAUGCCCGGAGAGCUGCGUUGGGAAGUCGGAUACUUUGGCAAGCCACGCAUGAGACCCGAGCUUCGAACAGACGGAAAAAACCGAGAACUUCCUGAAAAUCUCCGCCACGACCCUGCGCUGCAAGACGAAAAAGGUAUCAUUAACACCGACGAGGAGGAUGCCGUCACCCAUACUCCGCCAGAUCCACUCUGGCCGAGCGGUAUCUGCAGCAUCGUGAUCCACCAGAUAGUCAGUCUGCAGUUAGAAAACAUCAAAGGCACGCAAGGUAGUCGCAAGGGCAAAGAAUUCGAGCCAGCCAAGUCGUACGGAGAGAAUACUGAAGAGCAGGGCAAGGAACUUCCCACCAGUUAUUGCACGCUUCUCCUCAAUGAUCAAUUGGUUUAUCGAACUCGCCCCAAAGCCGUGAGUAGCAGACCGAUUUUCAACGCAGGCACCGAAAGAUUUGUCCGCGACUGGCGCUCUUCCAUCGUUACAGUCACUGUGCGUGACCAGCGACACCGCGAACAUGAUCCGAUCCUGGGUGUUGUGUCUUUGAAGCUUUCCGACUUGAUGAAGACCAGCUCCCAAGUGACACGAUGGUAUCCGCUGGAUGGAGGCAUUGGAUUUGGCCGAAUCCGCAUUUCCUUGUUGUUCCGAAGCGUAGAAACCAGGCUUCCUCCCAGCAUGCUCGGAUGGGACGUUGGCACUUUUGAGUUCCUUUCUGAUCGUAUCACCCUGAAAGGUUUCUCGCAGACAGCCAAGCUCUGGCUUCGUACCGGUGGCAGCACAGGCAAGAUCUCAAAAAAGUUGUGCAAGCAGGACGGCGACAGCCAGUAUUUCGAUUUGUCCGACGAGUCAAGGAAACCUCGACUGCCAGUCAAACACCGCUAUCGCUCUCCGGUUGUCUUUGAAAUUCGACUCCCAGGAAAACGCAGUACUGCCGCUUAUGCAACGCUUUGGCUUCAGCAUCUCGUCGAUAACGAAAAUACCUCGGUUGAUAUCCCAAUCUGGACGACGAAGCGCGGUGACCGACUGGUCCAGAACUACAUCACCGAGGAAAACGCACACACGCUGGGCCUGGAUACACUGGACGAUCUGACCGAAGUCGGACGCAUUCAGUUCACCGGACGGUUCUCGCCCGGGAUGGAUGAGUCCCAUGAGCAUUUUGUUACAGACAACGACAGUCGAGAGACGUUUGAGACGUGGGAGGCUUGUCAGGCUGAAGGUGUGCGAUCUAGGUAUGUCUCAGUUGAAAUCCCAAAGGCCGUCCGUGAGAUGCACGAGAAAUCGCUGGUCCAGGGCCGCGACGUGAUCCGGGAGGCCAAUCCAUCAGAACGCAAGCGAUGGGUUGCAAAAGAUGGUGUCGACUGGAGCGGCACAUUCGGCGAAGACCCAAUCGAUUUCGUCAAUGGAAAACCCACGACCAAUGAAGCUAUCAAUGGAGCUAUCGAUGAAAGCAACCAUGUAGCUGAAAAUGAUGACGACAACGACGACGCUGAAGACAACGACGAUGAUAGUUCCGACGACGAUGACGAUGAUACCAAAACCAACAGCACCGGCCUCACAACGAGCUCUAGUGCUGGCCAAUCAUCUAGAGCUGGAAACAGAUCCAACAAGCGUAGCGAGCAUCGCAAACAGCGCGGUUUAAUGCAGUGGAAACCCGCCCGUAAUGCCUCCUUUGCCAAAGACGAGGCUUCUUUUGCGCUGAAGAAGCUGAAGAAGAAGUUUGGUAUGGGUGACUUGACUGGCCGGGAGCCCGGCGUGGAGACUGAGACCGGUGCCUGA